UUUGUAGUCAUGACCAGCUGCUUCCUGUGGCAAUAUAGUCUGCCCAAAGUGGAGUCCGGUUCAAUCAAUACAGAGGCCAAACCAGCAGCUGUGGAGAUGUGUCCCCGUUACCCAGAACCUGUCCAGCUGGAUCACCCCAUUCCAAUCCUAAAAGAUGCUCUGGAAAAGGUGGACCUUCUCCUCCGGCACAAAAUCCGCAACCCCGGCCUUCCAGCUUUGUCGGCCAUUGUCAUCUACAACGACACCGUCUUGUGGACCGGCAACUUUGGGAAACGCAACAUCUCCAGCGACUUCUCAGGCCUCCCCAAUGAAUAUUCCAUUUACAGGAUCGGAAGCAUCUCCAAGUUGUUCCCAACCCUCAUGCUGCACAAGCUUUGGGAGGAAGGGAAGAUAACGUCCCUCGACGAUUCCUUGGAGUGCUACGCCCCAAAUUUCUCCAUCAAAAACCCCUUGGGGCAGCUCAAGGAAUCCAGACUGCCCUCUUCAAGGGACGGGAGGAGUUAUUUCGAAGACAAACCGCUACCCCGCAGGCCUUCUUCGGUCACCCUGAGAAGGAUGGCCAGCCAGCUGUCAGGGCUUCCCCGGCGCUUGAGGUCCACCAGCCUCGUGUGGAAAGGAAGCACCCAAGAAGUGUUAGCUCUUCUCCGAGAUGACAUCUUGGUGGCCGAUCCAGGCACUCGGUGCCAUUAUAGUAACCUGGCCUUCUCGCUCUUGGCUCAUGUAUUAGCUGAGCAGGUGGCCAAGACCGAGUACCAGGACUGGGUCUCUGAGAACAUCCUUGACCGCCUGGGCAUGGAGGACACGGGCUUCGAUAUCACGCCCAACGUCCACUCCAGGAUGACCGUCGGAGUCUACGGCAGUGGAGAAGUGGCUCCUCUCUACGACCUGGGCUGGUAUAGACCUUCCGGCCAGAUGUUCUCCACAGCGGCCGAUCUGGCCAAGUUGGCCAUGGUCUUCUUGGGCUCCUAUCACCGGCAUCUUCUUGAGCCCGAGACCCUGAAGGUCAUGUCGACGCCGCUCUUGACGUGCUCCAGGGACUACUUUGCCAACAAGACGGGCACCCCUUGGGAGAUUAACGAGCAGAUGGGUUACGACCUCCUCCGGAAGGAUGGAGACAUCGAUGGCUUCUCGGCUACCUUCUCCCUGGUCCCCAAACUCUGCCUGAGCUUCAUCGUCUUGAUGGCCGGUCCUCGCCCCCAAGGAGGAGACCUCGUAACCCAGGUCUACGAGUACCUCAUCCCCUCCCUGGAAUCUGCUUUUCGGGAAGUCGAGAAGAAGCUCAACCCUCCACCGAGCCCUGUUCCCUAUGUGGGCUACUACACUUUCUCCAACUUGACCUUCUACGAGAUCAAGGUCGGGUCCAGAGGAGAGCUGUUGAUGCAGCAGUUCGGGCCUCAUAUCAAGAAGGUCAUCCCUGAAGAAUACCGGACCAUUAAGCUCCAUCACCUUCAAGACCGCAUCUUCCAGGUAGUCUUCGAGAAGGAAUUUCCAUGCGUCCUGAAGGUAGGGCCCGCCUCGAUUUCCCUCGAGGCCCAGGACGGGCAACUUUUCAACUUCUACCCGUUUGACCCCAAGGGGCUCUCUCCUGGCUUCGAUGUCCCAGGGUUGAAUACCUACAACAUCCUCCGUCUUCAAAGGAGACCUGUCUUCUCCUAA